AACAGCUUCGUUUUUUGGCGGUUCGUCCAAACGUUGACGUUUCCUUCGAGGUUAGCUUACACGGGUUUUGCGUGGGAGAUAAAACACUAAUAUUAUGGAAAACGAAAAGAACAACACGGAUGGCGUUAAAGAGAUGAAAUCCAAGGAAAAUGGGGAAAACGAUGCGACAGAAGAUACUCGAAUUACCUGCAGGGGUGACCUAACCCCAUACUUUCAAGCCUGGGAUCAUAGCAUCAACAAAGUUUAUUUGUCGGAGAUACCACAAAUAUGUAAAGACGAGCCGUGCCAGCUGGGUAUAGACGAAGCUGGACGUGGGCCAGUUCUUGGACCCAUGGUUUAUGGAAUCUCUUAUGCGCCUCUCUCUGAAAAGCAGCUUCUUGUAGAUCUGGGCUGUGCAGAUUCCAAGAGCUUGACCGAAGAGAAGAGAGACAUAAUCUUCGAUGGGAUUUGCAAGCACAGAGACACCAUGGGUUGGGCUGUGGAUGUAAUAUCCCCUAAUAUUAUAGCUAACAGUAUGUAUCGUCGUAGCAAAACGUCUCUGAACGAGGUAUCCAUGGUCUCUGCGAUCGAGCUGGCCCAACGUGUGAUCGAGGCUGGCGCACGGAUCACGGAGAUCUACGUGGACACGGUUGGUAAACCGGAGAAGUACCAAGCGAGACUGGAGCAGAUAUUUCCCGGUCUGAAGAUAGUCGUCGCGAAGAAGGCUGAUUCGACGUACCCUAUUGUCAGUGCGGCCAGUAUUUGCGCUAAAGUGUCACGUGAUCAUGCGAUACGGGCCUGGCAGUUUUGCGAGGGUGACAUCAAGGCGGAAUAUGGGAGCGGAUACCCAAACGAUCCGGAGACAAAAAGGUGGCUCUCCGAGAACGUGGAUCCCGUGUUUGGUUUCCCGCGUCUGGUUAGGUUCAGCUGGUCAACUGCGGAGAAAAUCUUAGAGUCGCAAGCUCUGCCCGUCGAAUGGGAGGAUUUGGAGGACGGAAUAUCACCAGGGGAGCAAAAGAUCUCCAGCUUCUUCGUUAGAUCGCCUGCCAGGUCGUGCCAACCGCAACGGAAGAGACACGCAUUCUUCGCCGAACGGUGUCUCUUCAACACGUCCAACUUAUGAUACCUGUUCCCCGUUAAAACAACGCUCGUCUGUGUUCUGUUGUUUGUCCGACGUGAUGAUCGUCGCUUUAUUAUCAGAACGUUAAGUUAAAAGAUAAAAGGUUGGUUGUCCUCCGAUUUAUGUACAUAUGUACAGAAUUAUGUCCUUACACCAUACGAAACCGUACACAAAGUGUGGGGCACACCAUCUACAACACCACUCUCUCUAUCCCGCUCUGAUAAUUAACAAUUAGGAAUGUUAUAGCGCGCGCGCGCGGAUGAUGCUCCUCUUUGGUAAAAUACGCGCUACACUCUCGCGCGUGCACACACACAGCUCACAAGUAAUUCUAAGAGAUAUAACGUGUCAUUGCUGCCGAUUAAUAGCGACUAGAUUGAUAAAAGCUACGACGUAAGGAGAACAUUCUUUGGCGCAGAGUCCCGUUUUUUUUUUUUGUUCUCUGGCGAUUGGACGA